AAUCUGCUUUCCUCAUUGAGUUGAGCAGCUGCAGGCACAGAUGUACUAGAAAGAGAAUCUGCUUCACAACUGUGGCAGCGUGAGUGAUAAGUUGGUCAAGUCUCUCAUGGUAAUCAGAUUCCAUUAACCACUCAUACUGCGCUUUAGGUUUGGUGACACUCUUGUUGGGUGAUGCAAGCGCUAUUUUUGCCUCAAUGUUUGUGAGAGGCGAAUGCCUUGUUUUCUCUUCCCAGCUCCCAUACAACAACGUCCCGUGUGUCCGACGGAGUGAAACCCCUGCAGUGUUGAUGUGAAAUGUUGUAGUCUCUGUAGGAUCCAAGGAGGUAUAGAGAGCGAUGGUAUUCAUGCUACCAGUACCAAAAUAGCAGAUGACCAUUUCUAUUUCAUCCGUUGACACCAAAGAGUUGCUUGUCCUCGCUAUCUCCUUCCUGUGUUACAACUCUGGCCUUACCGGCAACUAUUUUGGUCGGGUACGUGUGCUUAGAUCUGUAAGCGCUUUUUUAAACAUGGAUUUGUACCAUGGACUACUGCCGUUUUUCAAGUCAAGUAUUGUCUUCUGUGUUUUUCUAUGGAAGUCUUCACUAGAAGGCUUGUGAGAAAUGUACUGUGAUGUACAGUAACUUUCUUUUCAAUUCUGACGGAUACUCUUUUUAAUGGAUUUGUUUUAGGAUUAAAUACAGAACUUAAAAGCAUAAUACAACAACACUGGUUCACCAAAUGGCUUGAGUUUGGGGAGGUUUAUCUCCUACCCUGACCGAUAGCACACAGGAAUUACACAAUGUAACAAGCAUUAUAUGAUGAAUAUGCACGAAGUGUCAAACAAAGGUAACUCUGCCUUAGACUGAAGAAAUUGGGCAUACACAUUCAUUAUGAGCAUCCAGGAGAAGCGCCAUACAAGCUCCAAAACAACCACGCUGCACCUCCGCUAUCUUGCCAGUUUUAUGGAUGAAAUAGAUCGGGAGGUAGUGAGCCUGACGGAUCGAGCUUUCAAGAGUCUUUGCAUUGGAGAUGAAGCAAUCUACAAUGACUCAGAGUUCUCUCCUUGCCAUGUCAGCUGCCACAAACCACGGGUUGAGGAAGUCUCAAAAACUGAGAGCUUAUUUUCUGCUGUCAAAAAACUUGAUUCUUACCCCCUCAAUGGAGUAAAUAAUGCACUGGGAAGAUCAAAUAAGAACUCAUUAAAAGACACAUCACAUUUUGCAAUGUUGACGCAUCCUGCCAACAAAAGCAAUGAGGGAACCAAAAUGACAAAUGGUGAUUCAUGGGAUAAGUCUGCUCUCCUCAGUAUCCAAAGGGAGCUCUCCGAGUUUUCAUCAGAUUAUCACAGUUUAUCGAUGGAACAGCUUUCCCCGGUCAAGAAUAAUUUUUAUUCAGAUGAGAAGGGAUCUGCCAAGAAAUCAAGCAAAGACUCGUUAAUUCCCUCAGGAAAAUCUCCUAAGUGUAAACAUAACAAAAACAACAAACUGAAAAAACUAAAUUACAUAAACUUUUUCCUUCACAGUGAAUUCAGCCCAUUCCUGUCAUGGAGGGAUUUAAAUACAUUUUCCAUUGGACAAGAUCACAUUUCAGAGAUUAUGAUGAGCAACAGACAAUCCGAAUGGUAUGAUUCACCUCUUUACAAGGAAUUAACAGCAGCACAUGAACACUAUAAAUCACAAGCUCAUCCGUCAGAGGAAAAAGAAGCUGAAAAGUGCCCAAUACAAACAGAGACUCAACAGGUUAAAGUGCAACCUAAAUCUAUACAAUCCACAUCACACAGUGUAGCUCCAAAACCAAAGAAAGAGGUAGAGUGCGUUCAACAUGAUAUAAUCACUAAGGCUCCUAUGCUUGCCAAUGAACAAAGAUGUAACUUAGAAAAAGUGGAACCUUAUGCUCCCUGGCGCACAAACAAAAGCAGAGCAAGGAGUGCCAAUCCUGUGGGACAUUCUUUCAUUACCUUACCAGAGAGGACAAAAGCUGGAGAAUGGGGUGCAAUUGAAAAAGAGGUGAAGACAAUAGAGGACAAGACCUCCACUAGUUCAACCCCUUUCAGUAUUUCUCAGCUGUUGACGCCAGUGAUACCUUCCAGACAUGGUACAGGAACCUCAGAGAUACUCCAAGCUGUGCUCUCCCCCUCUGCUCUGGAAGUUCCACUGCUUACAGAGAGAGAUAUGCAUCCAUCACCUGAGAUUAAACGAGAGGGGUACAAGUCUAUAGCAUCAAGCUUGUUGUUUAAUCUCAAGGACAACAGAAAGCGAGUUAAGGCCAUGUAUAGCCCACCCAAAUUUAAAGGUUUGGAUGUGGCUGGUCAAAGCAAAGAAUCUCCCCAACCAGAAAUGUCAGGUUCAAAAGAUGCACUUGGAAUUCCAGAGAUUUCCGGAGCUAAAACAAUUUCACCAGCUCGUCAAAAGGCCACAAUCUCUCCUAUGAGUCCCCUUUUGGAAACUGAAGACCCUCACAAUUGUUCUCCACAGGGAUUCACAAAUGAACGUAUGCCUGAUGACUUUUUGGCAUUAGGUCUUCUGCAGUCUACUGGGUCAGCAAAUAGGCCUUUAAAAUCACACAGAAGCCCUUUGACGAACAAAGUUGCUUACCCUUCAUUACAGAUGUAUCGAAAGGCUACUCCUGAGGAAACUCUUUUCAGAGCAAAUAGUCAAACUGUGGUUGACACCAGCUCACAGGUUUUCAAAGAUAAAGCCAGCAAUCCAGAGCACAUCAAAGAUCAGGACACUCAGGGUAAAUUAUUUAAAGAGCUGCAAGGGAAAACAUCAAAUAUAAAUACAGAAAGGAUUCCUGAAAACAACUCUGUAAAAAGCCUGUAUGCAAGUUCAACAACAUCUGAUGAACAGAUUACCAGUGCACCAGAACAAAUUAGUAAUGGUACAGAUCAAAAUAAGUUAAAAACAAAAGAAACAGUCAGCACACAGAAAAGCCCUGUCAAAGAAAAAGAAUCCAAUAAAAAGGAAGAAGGCUCAAAGCACUUAUUUUCAGCAAGACAGCACAACUACAUUAAAAGUCAGAGAUUUGUAAAUUCUGAGGAUGAUGAUGAUGACCAUGAUAAUGGUUCAAAUGCAGACAAGGUGCUGCUGUCUAUAAAUGACACAACUUGCAAUGAUGAAUUGUCUUGGCAUCCCAAAAAUACAAAAACAAAAGAGAUAAGGCAGGAGGAACAUAACACAGGGUUUCAUCAAGAUAAAGUGGUUGGUUCACAACUAUUGAAUGAAAGUGUUGAUGUAAAAGAAGAGACUACAACAGCAAAGACACAGAGCAGUAUCCUAUCAGAAGCGCAAGAAGUAAAAAAUGAGGCCAUCUUCAUGAAAGGAAACACUUCUGCAAAAAGAGCAGUUUUUGCAUCAAAGGAACAGGUGCCAAAUAAGACAACCUUACCCCAGAAGAAAGUUAACACUACUGUUAUGGAUAAGUAUGACUUGGCUAAAUUGGCUUUAGAGGAAGUAAUUGCUGAAAGAGAGCAAAGAAAAUUGAAAAGUAAUGUGGUCUCAAGUGCAGAAGGUUUACUCAUAGAUAGAAUAAAACUUGAUUGUGAAAAACCACAAUGUGGUAACAAGUUACCUAACAAUAGAGAGGACCAACAGAUUAGUAUGUUCAUGCCGAGUAAGACAAAAGAUGGGGAAGGUCAGAAUAAUGUAUCUGCAUUAAAAACAAUCAGGCAGACAAAUAAUGUUCAAAUAAUGUCAGAGGAUGUGGGGCGCAAACAUGGUGAAAGUCAUGUGUCUGAAAAAUUAGGCAUUGAGAAAAAGGGUAGUACCUAUAAACCUGAGAUACCCCAGAGAAGAGGAAGAAGUGAUUUUGAAAAUAAUGCUGAAUUAGUUGAUAAGCCAAUAAGAAAUAAAGAGUUAAGAAAAGAAGAUGACACAUCAGUCAAAGCUGAGAAAAGGGAAAGUAGGGAAGUCAGCAAAGCUCGGCGAAGCCAGUCAAAGAAUCGGGGCCCAGUAAGAGGCAAUGUAUCUGCUUUAAAAGAGAAAUAUGACAAAGAAAGUGGGGUGCAGAAAUGUCAGUCUGCUGAAGGUACAAAUUUGAAAAAAUCUAAAGAGAGACCCAAUGAGCAGCCUCCACAAGGCAAAAUGAAACAACCCACUAUACCAAAACUCACAGUCAGUCCUCCUGAAAUUGAGACUUAUUCUAUUAUCCAUAAGGAUAUUGAUUCUGGGAAUAAAACAACUUGUGAUAGCCCUUCCAAAGCCUCUGAAAAAGCUUGGGAUGAAUGUGGAUCACAGAGAAAACACAACGACACACAAGACUUCCAAAAGACUAUCAAGGAUCUCACAAACAACAGACAAGAAAUGAAAGACUGUAAAGUAAAUGGGACAGAGAACAAGGAAGAAAGUUCUGUAAAAUUAAAGUCAGGAGAGAGCCAUAGCAAAUCCAAAGGUCCUUGCAAAAGCCAUGUAAAAGAGUUUUUAAAUGGACUUUUUGGACUUUCAAGUACAGAAAAAGGCAAAGCUGUGGAUGAACAUGGGGAAGAACUUACUGAAGUGGCUUUGAAUCCCUUUGAAUUUAUCAAAGCAGAUCAAAGUAGAAAAGACAGCAUUACAAUACAUGACAUUCUUGGACAAGCUCACUCAUUAUCCUCAUUAAAUAGUAAACAAACAUCUGACAGCUGUCAAUCUUCAAACACAAAUGAAUUCUUGCAAGAAUCAGAACAUGGGACACUUCUAGAACAUCUGUCAAAUGAAGCAAAUUCAAAAGGAAAAGGAAAUCGAGAGUGUACGGAGGAUUUCUCAAAAUCGAAAAUGGAUUCCUAUCCUUGCAGCAACCAUGAUAGGGUGGUUUCACCACCAGAUAAUGUGGAGAAAAAAGGAUGGGUGCACUGCCUAAUUGAGUCCGCUCGAAAUCUAACACAAAUAUCACAGAAUCACAUCUCCUCCAAGGAUCUACUUGAGACGGCUCAACCACUGCUUCAGAGGGAGAGCUUAAAUAGAUCUGAAAAUGGCGAAGAAGAUCUGAACCUUUUUAAGGAAUGUACAGCAGUUACCAUGCCUGCUAUACCAGACAAGAGCCCUCAGUCAAACCAACAGGCGAUGCAUUUCUUGUCCCCUCUAUCCCCUCAACACACCGCAGUCAAGGAGGAAAAGCUGUCGGUUGGAAGUUUCUCUGUGUCUGAAGAGGAGGAGCAACGUUCUGCAGUGAGCACUUUGUCUGAGGAGAUGGACAGUUAUGAAGCAAGCAGAGGAGAUACAUUUGAGGAGAACAUUUCUAGCACUGCACUGACAGAUGCAGAGGGGUCCAAGGCACCCAGUGAAAGAUCUGGUUCAGUCUGCAGCGGAGUUGACGGUCACGGUCAGAAUAAACCACCUGCUGUUCCUCCAAAAACUGAGAAGGCUCUGCGCCGUGCCAUGAAGCUAAACACCAGAAGGAUACAAAAAGCUGAAGCUAAAAGCAAAUCUGAGCAUAAAGGAAGGAGCAGUGACAAAAGUGUCUGUCACAAACCUGAGAGAAGGCAUCAUAGCACUGAUAAAAUACAAACUGACAAAUCAGAACAAAGGUCACUUAGCAGUGACAGACACAGAAGUGAUCAUCUCAAUGAGACACCUGAGGCCAGAACGCAAAGAAGUGAGAAACAUUCUAGAAGCCACAGUAAUCACAAGAGCCAAAAUGUAGAGGAAAGUGAUCAUUGUAAACAAUCACAACGUUCCAAAAGCCAAGACAGACAAACCAACAAAGAUGUUGAUUCAAAAAGUCACAGCAUUGAGAAGCGACAACACCAAAAAUCUAACCACAUAGAUCAUUUAGAGAACAGAAUUGGAAAUAACGACACAGACCGACUGAGUCGAACCAAUGAGAAAUCUGGACCUAGAAAACUGGAACGCAGGACUCAAAGUUUGGAUAGAUUUUUAAGGAAAAACCCUGAAAGCAAGUCUAUCAAUGUUGAAAAAAGUGGACCGUUAUCAGUAGAAAAAAUGCAUUGCUCUACUUCAAAGGCAUUGCCUUUGCAACAAAACAGCAAUGAACAUACUUAUCCACCAGCUAGCAAUGUUGUAACACAGUCCUUCCCAAUCACCCAGCGCAAGCUUUUACAGGACCCUGAUUCAGGACAGUACUUUUUGGUGGAUAUGCCUGUACAGGUCAAAACUAAAACUUUCUUUGACCCGGAAACUAAAAGUUAUGUGCAACUGCCAGUACAGUCUCCAGAGGGUGCUGUUCGACAAGCACCAUCAUUAGAGGUUAUAAAUACACCACCACUUGUGCUAUAUCAUGGCUUUGUUCCUGUGCCUGUCUCAUCCGUACCAUCACAGAAAUCCAUCAUCAGGACUUCAGGAUCUAUAUUUACUCCAGAUGACCUGGAUGACUUUGAAACUGGCAAGAAACAAAUGCAAGGUGACUUUUAUCAGAAAAAAGAGAUGCAUUCUUACAUUGAGCCGGUUUAUGUAUCACAAGAAGAUACAGCUGAGGAUGAAAUUGAUAGUGUGAGAUAAAAACACUAUGGGCCAGAUGGUCCAGAGAUGAAAUGUGACUGGAUUCAGGGAUUUGCAUUAAAUUCAGAAUAAUCUUUUUACUAUUAUUAAAAUUUGCAGUCUCGUGAGAAAUAGUGAAUUGUUUUGUAUGAAUGCUGUUUAUUGUUUAUAUAAGAAAGAAAUGCAGAUUGUAAAUUGUUUUAUUUCUAUUGAAGUAAGGCAAUAACUUAGCUUUCUUACUGUUUAAGCACUUGUCUAAUUUGUUGAAAUGGGAGAUUUAUUUUUGUUUUGGAAGUCGUCACUUAACAGGCUAUUAUGAUCUUGUAUUUAAGGAUUUCGACAUCCAUGCUUAUAUUAUUUUUCACAGCUGAGCAAGUACUGGAAAAUUAAGACCUAUAGUAGGUGUUUAUAGUAUAUUUGGCAGAUGUUGUUUGCAUCACUUUAAAAGAUGCAGUUUUGGAAUGAUUUAAUAUGAAAGAACCAUUCCAAUAAAGAAAAACAAUAAACAAGCUAGUGUU